AUGGCACUUCCUAGCCCCAUCACUGCUGCUCCAGAGAAAUCAUGGAUGAUUCGAUUGCGCAGCAGCAUGUGGCGGAGACAGCAAAUAACUGAUCCUGUUGGAGUGGCAGAUACAGAGGAUGUUAAUCCAGCUGAUCAGGAUUUGGUAGGGAUGUCAGUGUGUUCGGUUGAUGAAGCAUAUGACAUGUAUAAUGACUAUGCUUUUAGAGUAGGUUUUAGUGUGAGGAGGGGUAAGCAAAGAUAUACUUCUGCUACAAAAACAAUGAAGACGAAGAUGUUUCAUUGUUCGAAGGAUGGAUUUAAAAGGAUUACAGGAAAAGAGUGUUAUUCUAAAAUUGCUGGUCGUACAGGUUGCGGUGGAUUUGUCCAAUUCGUUUUACAUGAGAAUGAGAUGUGGAUUGUUUCGAAGCAUGAGAAGUUGCAUAAUAAUGAAUUGGUUCCACCAAGCAAGAGUUACCUUCUAAGGUCACAUAAGAUGGUGUCUAGGAAUCAUAUUUCCUAUCAUACUGAUUUGAAGAGCAGUGGUGUGUCUGUUGCAGCUGGUGUAAGAUUCCUUAAAACACAAUCAGGGGGAUCACCACUUGUUGGUUUUACAAGUAGGGAUGCAUAUAACUCUUUAUGUACCGAUGCAUUGAACAGAUUGGAUGGGACUGAUUCAAACACAUUGAUUGAAAUAUUCAAACGGAGGCAGUCAAGUGAAAGGGAUUUUUACUUUGAUUUUGAGGUGGAUUUGGAGUCAAGAUCUAUGGAUUACAAAAGUCCACAAAGUAUAAUGACUGAUCAAUGUGCUGCUAUGGCUGCUGCAAUUGUUCAAGUUUUUCUAAGUUCACGACAUCGGCUAUGUAUAUGGCAUAUUGGUGAGAACUCAAAGAAGCACAUUAAAGGGUUAAGAAAUCAAAAAGAUUUCUUAGAUAUAUUCAAUUGCUUGUUGAAGUAUACGGAUACAGAGGCAGAGUUUGAAUUUUACUGGACAAGGAUGGUUACAACAUAUAAAUGUCACAAUAAUCAUUGGAUUGAAAAGCUUUAUGGGUGUAGAGAAAAAUGGUGUCCUGCAUUUAAUAAAGAUUAUUUUUCGGGUGGGAUUUUAUCUUCUCAAAGGAGUGAGACCACAAACCACUCUAUUUCUAGAAGGUUGUCUAAGACAUCUGGUCUGUGUGAUUUUUAUAACUCAUUUGUUGGGGUUAUAUCAGAGUGGAGAAGUAGAGAGAAUGGGGAAGAUGUUCUGUGUUCACAAGGUGUACCUACAAUGGUGAUGGAUAAUGUUAAGAUUCUGUUGCAUGCUAGGAAAAUUUAUACAAUUGAGAUAUACUAUUUGUUUGAAGAACAAUUUUUGAAAGGUGGAUCAUGUUAUCAAGAGUGUGUGAUGUUGGAAAAUGGUGUGUACAAGUAUCAUGUUUGGAGGCCUGAUGUUGAUAUUAUUAGGCAUGAAGUGAUCUUUAAUAGUAGACAAAUGGACAUUGGAUGUAGUUGCAAGUUGUUUACUGAAUUGAGGAUUUUGUGUUGUCAUUGUUUACGCAUUCUAAAUGUGCAUUGUGUUUCUGAAGUCCCUGAGAAGAAAUUUCAGAGGCUUGCUGUUUACAGUCAGGAAAAUAUCGAAGGACGGAAGAUUUGUGAAGAAGCAAUUGCAGAUGCAAAGAGAAUACUUGAAGCUGAAUGUGGUGGUAGUUUAUUUGAAGAAUGUGACAUAGGAUCGUCAAGUGGUGUUAUAAAGGAUCCAUCUACUAGGCGGAUGAAAGGGUUGCGGAAUAGGAGGUCUCAAGUUGAGGAUGAUAUUUUAAAUAUUACUGGUGAUGGAUAUCUUGUCCAUCCAAGUUCCGGAGGUUCUAGUUUUUGUCACGUUAGCACAAUGUCAAGUAUGGAGGAUAAUUAA